AUGGUGAAGGAGAUUUAUGCUACUGUCUCUUGCACAUCAGCAGCUCCAAUUCCCUUCCAGUUCAAAAGAGAGAAUCCAACCACAAUGAAGGAGAAGAUAGCCUUCAUGGCUGAAAGACAAAACUCCUUAUUUGAGAGGCAGAAUAAGUUGCACAGCAGUAUGAAGACUAGCAUUAUGCCCUUGGAAGGUGUUCUCAUGAACAUUGGUCAAAAGAUAGGCAUGACCAAAGAAGACUUGUACCACACUCCAAAUCAAGCAGAGAAUGCCCAAUGCCUGAGCCAUAAAGGCAGUUGCACACCAAUUGCAUCUGUUGAGAUUCCAGAGGGUGAUCAUGACUGUAUGCUAUACUUGAACAAACCUUUUCGUGUGGUUACAAGAGGUAGAGUAUAUCAUACAGUGGCUGGGGACUCCUUAAAUAAUAUGACUCUUCGUCCAAAGCAUGGUAAGGUUUCUAUAGGGGUAGUGCAACGACAUAAGGAGGACUCUGCACUGCCUGUCCCAAAUGAACAAGCAAACUUGUAUUCCCUGAGAGAUGUCAUUGGUACUUAUGUUGCUUGGCCAUUGUCCCUAAUCAAUUUAAGACCCAAGGUUGCCCCUUCAUCAGGUAAAGGGUUAGGGAAAGAGACAAGCUACUCAAAAGAGUCCAUUGCUGGUCCAUCCAGUAAAGGUAGCACUGGUUGUGUGUCAUCAGAGAUUUUGAAGUUGGCAGAAGCCCAAGGUGCUGCAUACUUGGAUAUGAUGAAGUUGUUUGUAAGAAGUGAUCAAACCAUUGAUACAGCUACAAUUCAACUGACAAGUGAGCAAUGGGGUAAAGAGUUUUGUGACAUUGUGGGGAAGGAAAACAUCAUAGAGGUCAUACAUCGACAUUGGUUAAGUGCCUCUACCAUUAACUUUUACAUACGAUAUUUGUGUGAAGCUUAUUUGCAUGGGAUAAUGGCAAAUAGAUUCUCAUUUAUAUCUCUGUAUGAAAUGGACGAAGCGCUCAAUCCAAACCAACAUCAACAUAUAGCUGAAAUGUUGAAGCGUCAUAUGGGUGAGGAUCACUUGAUUUUUGCACCUUAUAAUGUUGGAUAA